GCGGCGGGGGCCGCGGGGUUGGAGCGGGCGCGGGGGCGCGCGCCGGCCUGACGGACAGACGGGCAGACGGACCGAGGCGCCGAGGCGAGCGCGCCGCCUGUAUCCACCAGUCGCAGCACUCUCUCGCGGCGAUAGCGAUCCCCGCGCCGGCCGGCUGGCGGCCGCGGCGCCCACCCUCGCCUGCGCCCCAUGGGGUCACAGGGUCUGUAAGAGAGGCCACCCCAGACUUCCUAAUGAACAACCGGAAGGAAGAUAUGGAAAUCGCAUCCCACUACCGCCACCUGCUGCGGGAGCUGAACGAGCAGCGGCAGCAUGGGGUUCUGUGCGACGUGUGUGUGGUGGUGGAGGGCAAGGUCUUCAAGGCACAUAAGAAUGUCCUGUUGGGCAGUAGCCGCUACUUCAAGACACUGUACUGCCAGGUGCAGAAGACAUCAGACCAGGCCACCGUCACACACCUGGACAUCGUCACGGCCCAGGGCUUCAAGGCCAUCAUCGACUUCAUGUACUCAGCCCACCUGGCCCUCACCAGCCGCAACGUCAUCGAGGUCAUGUCUGCUGCCAGCUUCCUACAGAUGACAGACAUUGUGCAGGCCUGCCACGACUUCAUCAAGGCCGCCCUGGACAUCAGCAUCAAGCCAGACGCCUCAGACGAGCUGUCAGAGUUUGAGAUUGGGACCCCGGCUGUUGGUGGCACGGAUGCGCUCAUCUCGGCCGUCAUGGCCGGCCGCAGCAUUUCCCCAUGGCUCACCCGGCGCCCUAGUCCCACCAACUCCUCUGGGGACUCAGCCAUCGCCAGCUGCCAUGAGGGUGGGAGCAGUUAUGGGAAGGAGGACCCAGAGCCCAAGGCUGAUGGCCCCGACGAGGUGUCCUCACAGUCCCUGUGGCCUGGCGACAUGGGCUAUGGGCCCCUGCGCGUCAAGGAGGAGCAGAUCUCGCCCUCGCACUAUGGGGGUGCAGAGCUGCCUGCCACCAGGGACGAUGGGAUCCCCAGCUCCUUCCCCGAGCAGACUGGGGGGGAUGGUUGGCAGCCCACUGGCCGCAGGAAGAACCGGAAGAACAAAGAGACGGUGCGGCACAUCACGCCGCAGGUGGAGGACGACAGCCAGCCCAGCUCCCCAGUGCCGUCCUUCCUGCCUACGUCCGGGUGGCCCUUCAGCAGCCGAGACUCAAGUGCGGACCUGACAGGCCCGGAGGCUGGGGGCUCCGACAGCCGUGGGGAGAGGCCGGACCUGUACACCCACAUGGAAGAAAACCUCCUGGGGGAAAGCAGCUACCUGGGCCCGCCUCUCAUCCCAGAUAAGGAUGACGUGCUGCACCAGGCAACUGCCGUGGCUAACCUCCGGGCGGCGCUCAUGAGCAAGAACAGCCUGCUGUCACUCAAGGCUGAUGUGCUGGGCGAGGACAGCUCCCUGCUGCUGGAGUACCUACCCAAGGGCACCCACGCCCUGUCCCUUAAUGAGUUCACCGUCAUCAGGAAGAAGUUCAAGUGCCCAUACUGCAGCUUCUCAGCCAUGCACCAGUGCAUCCUCAAACGUCACAUGCGCUCCCACACGGGGGAGCGGCCCUACCCCUGCGACAUCUGCGGGAAGAAGUUCACACGCCGUGAGCACAUGAAGCGACACACACUGGUGCACAGCAAGGACAAGAAGUAUGUAUGCAAGCUGUGUAGCCGGGUGUUCAUGUCGGCAGCCAGCGUGGGCAUCAAGCACGGCUCCCGGCGCCACGGUGUGUGUGCCGACUGUGCGGGCCAUGGGGGGGCCGGGCCCCUGGAUGCCGGCACAGCUGACGGCUCCCCCGAGCUCUUUGGGGGUGACGGGCCCUACCUGGAGGACCCUGAUGACCCACGUGGGGAAGGGGAGGAGGAGCUGGGUGAGGAGGAGGAUGAGGAUGUGGCCAAGUGGAAGGAGGACGUAGGUCUGGCCCACGAGGACGCGCUGCUGGAUGACAAGGAUGAGGAUGAAGACUCAACCCGCAGCCCCAGGGGUGCACCCGACAAGGACUUUGCCUGGAUCUCCUAGGCCUGGGCUUGCCUCGCCCCUGGGGGUCCUGCCACACCUGGGACCAGUCUCACCUUCCAGCUCCUUCUGGUGCCCCAACCUCUGCUCUCACCCCAGACAUAUGGGAACCAGUGCUGCUCUGGGAGCCGGAGUUUCAGGCUCAACACACAGGAGGAGCAGGGUGACUGGCAAAGGGAGCAUCGUUCCCCAGAUGCAGGGACUAAUGGCAUGCCCCCAGUAGGGGCACAUGACAGGCCUGGCCUCCCCUGGCCGGUGCCCAAACCACUCGGGUCUGCACUGGCCAGGUGAACACCGCCCCAGCCCUGUCCAGGGCUCACACUGCCCAUCCUGCUCACUGCCAUGCUCCUGGGGCCUGCGGCCUGCUCUGGUGCUCCCCCUCAUGCAGAGGCCCAGCCUGGCCCAGGUGCUAUCUCGGGCAACGGGCAGGACCUGGGGCCUGGGCCAUGGUGCUCUGUGAGCGCUUCCUGGGGGACUGCUCCUGCUGGCCUGGGGCAUGGCCUCCUUGCUGCUAACACUGGGGGGAGGGGUCUGCUCCCACCUCCCCCCAGGUAACCAAAUCGUCUAAGUGUCAGAGACAAACUGAGACUGUUGCAUAAAAUUGCUUUGCUGGCUGGGGUUUCCCAGUGCUCCCUCCUCCUCUUCCCUCACCUAAGCUCAUGACCAGGCUCCUGUCCUCCCAGUGAAAAGCCAAGGUCACCAUGGUCCAGGACCCCCUCCCCCCAUCAGAGCUAUUUCUGAGACAUUCCUCUGUACCUAAACCCCUGCCCACCCCUCCGCACUCCCCAGAAGCCCUUGGGCACCCAGCUUCAACACCUCCUGGGAAACUGUUUUCUCUCCCAGACUGGAAGCCGAUGGCUUUGCAGUUGUCACAUCCACUCUGCAGGUUUAAAAAGCAUGGUCCUAGAAAACCCUUAGGGCCAGGUCCCUGGCAGUGUGGCUGCAUGACGAGGCUUGUGUCACCUGUGAUGUGCUAUCCUUGCACUGCAGGCCACCAUCCAGCUCACUGAGGGCACCCAGCACUGGGGUCCCUAAGACAAGGACUGAGAUUGUCUGGGACCUUGGGCAGAUGAGGCCAGUGUUGGGGUCCUGGGACAUGUGCCUGUCCUGCCUUUCAGCAGCAGGACCCAGGCUGUGCCUAUACCCUGCCCUAGCCUCCCUGCCCACCCACAACAGGCCUGGACUCUGCUCUCCACCUACACCCUAUUUUUUACCCCUUUUCUAAUCAGAUUGACUUCCCUACAAAAACGCAUUUGGAAACCAGACUUUCUGCCAACAAGUGUCUCAUCUGCACCGGGCCCACCUCUCAGGCUAUCCUGCACACCACACCGGGCCACCUGCGCCUCUGCUCAGGGCGUCUUGCCCAUCCCCCCAGCCCCCCGGACCCCCCUGACUGCCCUCCUGAGAGUCUGCCUUCAGUGCCACAGGGGUGUGUCCUUCCUGAAACCCACACUGUCCUGGAAAGCCCAGGGUCCCACUUCCUGCCCCACUGAGUCCCCACCUGCCGGCACCCAGGCAGGCUCCUUGCUCUUGGCAGUUCGCUGAUCGGGAAGUGUGGAGUUUCACCCACGGAGAGGAUGGCACCCCCCUCUUGGGGAGGCAUGGCAGGAAAAGAUGCGAACGAAGGUUUUUUAUG